AUGCGGGCAAUGAUUGAGACAAUGGAAGCAACACACACCUCUGGCUCUUUGGAUAGCGAUAAGAAGCGCAACAAGUUAGGAUAUCACCGGACAUCUGUCGCAUGUGUCCACUGUCGACGACGGAAAAUCAGGUGUUUAGUCGCCGCAGACGACACACAGGGACGAUGUGAAAAUUGUAUUCGGUUGCGAAAAGAGUGCCAAUUUUUCCCAGUAGACCAGCAACCGCCAAUCGAGAAGAAGGCUCGGCCCAGUUCGAGGCUGGAAACACAAUCAUCAGACCUUGCAACAACUCCCGUCGCCUCUUCACCUAUCAUGCACGCCGAAGCAGGUGUACCAGUUGAUUACUAUCAGUACCCGCAGGUUCCUUUGAGUUCAUCUGCAGGUCAAGACAUGGCAGCCUUUAGCCCUAAUGCUUAUGCGGGUACUCCUCUUUCGAGCUUCUCAGCCAAUCGACCGAUGGGACCUGGUGACUACCCAGGACAUCCAGCGAUGGAGAGUGGACUCUCCUGGGACGAAUUUACGACGAUAACUGAACCUCACAUCAUGGCCACAAUGGCUGGAAAAGGACCGAUGAUGGCCUUAGCUCCUAAUGUCUGGAAUCCGGGGUCUAUACCUAAUGGAUUGCCACCGAGUUCGCCUAUGUCAGGAGGAUCUCCUAUGCCUGGCCACGCGCAACCUGUGAACCCAGCUAUGUACGCUCUGCAGUCCGACGGAACCGCCUGGCCUGUGCAAUCACCUCCACCACCAUCCCGGGCAUUGAGUUACCCGGGACAGCCUGAGAUGAGCUCCUCAUAUCCCACCUCAUAUCCACAACAAAUGCCUCCGGACCUCAAACGGCGAGUGACAGUCCCUACACAACAAUCAAUGCAUUCUCCAUCCGACGUAUUGGGAUCCUCCGCACCUGGAUCUGAGAUGCAUGUACCCCCUGGCUCGGUCCCAUACCCUGUCCAAGCCGGUAUCGGAUACGCAUCAUGGCCGAUGAACGCCAUGCCAUCCGGCAUGAACGUGGUAUACCCAGACGCUAUGCAACAACAAUUCCACUCACCAAUGGGGCAGCCGGGACAUUCCGGCCCAUAA